AUGGCCACUCCGAGCUCCUCCAAGGACAAGUUCUUCGAGAGGGUAAUUAACCCCUACUUGUCGGAGGUGACGAAGCACCCUCAAACUAUCGAGAUGCGUGAGGGGGUGCUCCACAUCCGGGAUGUUCAAGGGCCCAAGGGGAAGGGAACCGCGGAGGCCAGGCUCGAAGCCAUGGAGCAGGAGGUUUUCAAGUGCAAGGGGAUGGUGGAGCGCGGACUCAACGCCAACCACCACAUGAUUACGGAUUUCACCCAUGAUCACAAGGUGGAUGGUCGGUCUAUGAAGGACGUCAUCUUCACCCUCAACGAGCAAAUCAACUUCCUACAAAGCCAGAUCUACGAUCUCCAAAAUCAAGUCUUUUUUAUAUGA